AGCUCGUUAAACUGAUUUUUCUUGUAAUAUCCAAGCCAAUGAAAACGUUUUCCUGUGUACACGUUAAAGUUAAAAGGAAAAAAUAAUAGAAAAAUAAAAUAAAAAACCUUAGCUGGAGGCAAUUUGGAUGUGCCCUGUCAAUUCAAUUACGCUCAGCGCUACUGUAUAUUGCUGAAGAUUAGGGCAAUCCGGGCAAUGAGAAAAUAUUCCAGGAAAAAUCUACCCGGUUUUUAAUUGACAGAUGAAUCCAGGCAGACGGGGACCCCUAGCCGAGCCCGGAGAGCGUCCCAGCGUCACCGUCACCGACAUGGACACCGUACAAGAGGAAAACGACAAUGACAGCGACGAGUCCUCAUACUCGGACAUCCAGCGGCUGCGCGAGCGCACGCACGCCAUGCUUAACCCGGCGUCGGAGCCGCUCGUGCAGGCGCACUCGCAGCCCAACAGCCGCAGGAUGUCCAGCGACAUAGACGCCAAGGUCGCUGCCAAUCUCAACACCAGGCGACCGUCCGCAAUCAUCGCGGCGUUCCGCCGGCCGUCGCAAGCGCUAGCUCUGUGCGCCGCGACGCAGCGCCGCUUCCUGUCGGAGCUGUCGCCCCAGUCGCGCGCCUCCAUGGCCUCCACCACCCAAGAGCCGCCACCUUCAGCUGCAGAGAUCAUGGGACACGAGGCUUUGAGUAAAGCGCUGUCCGCACUGUACGCUAAACUACUGGUGGUGCUGGGCCUCGCAUUCCCGAUCACUGAAGUCAUCGCUAACGGAGUUCCUGACGCAUAUUAUCAGGGAUUCUAUUUAUAUCUGUAUCUAGUCUCAGUUAUUUUCGUCGUUUUUCAAUACGCGAACCUGAUGCGUCAGAAGGCAGUUAAUAUAAUUAUUCAUGACUAUGAGGAAACUGAGGAGAAAGACAAAAAUGCAAAACCGGGGACAAGUGAAAAACCCAAGCACAAGGAAACUAUAUCGCGCUACGGCAGUUUUUACUUGAGGCUUGGUGCCAUUGCAUUCGGCAUCGGUUCCAUGGUGUAUAGCGGUUUAGAGUUCGGAGAGUAUUUUGAAAUGACUGACGAUUGCCGAACUGUGCUAUCUGUCUUCACACCGGCUCUCCGUAUGGCGCUAACUCUGCUGCAAAUGCAGUUCAUCUUUCUUACAAGUAAAGAGAUUGAAUCCGGGACUUACAAAAUGAUACAACGAUUUGGAUUUAUGCACAUGAUAGCUACUAAUAUGUGCGAAUGGUUGUACGUACUAGUGGAAGAGACAAAGCACGAGAUACAUCACCUGGAGCAUGCGAUGGUGGCGCGUGGGAAUGGAACGCACGGUAACGGGACUCUGGAAAUACCCUGUCGAAGAGCUAAUAUUAUGGGAGCGUUGCUACAAAAUGCAUCACCGUUCCUGUUUCCUUGCACGAUCGAAUAUUCGCUGAUCGUGGCAGUAAUUCUUUACGAAAUGUGGAAGGAGGUUAAAUGCACUCCCGAAGAUUUUGAGAAGAAAUUUCAUAUAAAUACAAAAAAUAAAUCAAGGAAUAAUUCUGUGACACCUGAGAAAAUUUUACAGCAGUUUGCUGGUAUGCUAGGCGUAGGCUCCCCGUACGGCAGCCGAGCCGCACUACACCAUUUCUCCGUGGACUGCUCUCACGCACAUCGCGGUCUCUUCUCGGGAGUUUUAGUGAUCGUGCUCACCAUCAUAUCCCUCAUUAUGUUCUUCGUUCUUACUAAUAAUCCGGCUACAAUCAACGAUGCAAUAUUUCAAGUUAAUAUAUGCGAGUUGAUCCUAUAUACUGUAACUAUAGCGGCGUGCCUUGCAGCAAUAAAACAAAUGAGAGUGCUUCCUUACAAACGAAAAUCUCGAGCCGUACUGCAACUGGACACGUCGCUCUUAAUUCUGGCGCAGACAGGCAUGUUCGUGUAUUGCAUGUUCAGCUUGAUCGGCUGCCACCACACGCUAGCCAACAGCAACAGCGCCGGCCUCACAGGACUCUUCUCGGAAUUCUUAUCGCUCAAUCAGACCAUACUGCAGUCCCUGUUCAUAAUCGACGCGUGGUGGCGGCGGAGCAGCACGUCGGAGCAGCGACGGGACAAGCCGGGCCGGCAGCUGGUCACCUUCCUGCUGGUGGCCAACAUGGCCAUGUGGGCCAUCAACACGCUCGAAAAGAAUCGCGCCGAAUUCCGACCAGCUCAUUUGGAUUUUUACGGGCCAUGGGCCUGGACCAUCAUCACGCACGUAUCCAUGCCGCUGGCGAUCUUCUACCGGUUCCAUUCGACAAUAUGCCUUUUCGAAAUUUGGAAAAAUUGUUUUAAGAGUAAACCCCUCUAUCUUAACGUGUAGUAUAGCAGAAAUGUAAUU